AGCAAGAAAAAGUAUCACCUGCAAAAGGGAAGGGCAAGGAGUCACAUUAUGUGGGUGGAGCAAGACCUUAUUCUGAUUGCAGGAAGAAAAGAGUGGGGCUUGGCAGCCAGAGGCGGUCCCUGGAUGACCAAGUCGUCCCCACCAGGCUGCACCUGCUGGCUCAGGCUGGGGAACCUCACAAGCUUCUGUUGAGCGAGGAGGUGAAGCCUGACUGAGUAUUGGCAUAGAGUGGAGGAAAGGAGAACAUUCAGAGUAGUCCAAGAAACCUAUCAGUGGCAAAACAUUAAUAAAGCAGUGACACAAGCUGAAAUAACAGUGGAAUGAAUCGCUACAGAUAUUUCAUCUUCAACCAGAGAAACAUGGUGGUAUUGGGGCUAUUCCAGAUAGCUUGUGCUACAGUUUGUACCAUCAGUGGAUUAAUAGAUGGUGCUUUCAGAAAGGAAUCAGCACUGAGUAAAUCUAAGAUACCCAUUUGGGCUGGAAUGUUUAUGAGCAUUCCUGGAAUUAUGGCUUUAUAUUCAUCUCAAAAAAAAAAUCCAAUUCUGGUGAAUGCCAUGAUAAUUACUUCUGUAUUAUCCUGUUUCACCACUUUAACUGUAAUCAUUUAUGCCUCUAUGACAUUAGAGUAUGGUGAAAAAUAUGAGGGGUCCAAUAAUGUGUCCUUUAAUCACCCAGCUAUCCUGCAGGUAUUUGUGCUGGGUAAACUGGUUGAAGGAGCUAACAUUACUAUGAUGAUUUCAUCAAUUUUUAGUAUAUUUAUUGUACUGGUGAUUGUGUACGUCAGCUGCCGAAGUCUUCCAUGUUGUUCAUGCUAUGACAGUAUCACUGGACUUGAACAACUAAAAAGUAAUGAAGACCAGUUACAAAUUACAGAAUUAGUCUGCCUUUCACCUGAUCAAGCAGACAAGAUUUUUAAUUCUCCAGUACAAUUUCCACAACAAAAUACAGAAACAGAUAAUGAACUAAGUGAACCUCCUCCAUACAUCAGGCUCACUUAGAAACACAUUCUAGAAGGAUGUCAUUCCAGAAAGAAUGUUGACUCACCAAGUGGAAUUCUGUUAUUCUGCCAUUCAGAAAAUCUCUCUUUAGCUGUGAAUUAAUUCCAUCCAAAAGUGUCUAAGAAAGUGAGGCUUGUGCGAACCUUGUGUCUAUAUAGGCUGCAUCACAACUAUGAGCUUGGUUGAAAUCCCUUGACUCCCAGCCACUCAUCUCGUGAGACAACCACAUACUUUGAUAUAGAGGAUUUUAGAGACCGGUAUUCAGUUGAAACCAGAACUUUUCCUUUUAGGAAUAAUGGACAGUUAGAAAAAAGCCAUAGAAGAU